GAUUCCAGCUUCAUCACCGCACAGUAGGAGGAGAAACUAAACGCAAAAAACAACUGCGCCUGAUAUAUUAGAUGAUGGAGAAAGCAGCAGCAGCAGGGAGGUGGGUGGUGGUAAUGGUACUGGUGAUGGCAGCCAUAUUUGAAGGCACAAGGUCUUUAAACUUGUGUGACAUGAAUGACGAUGGUAUAUUGGCAUGCAAGCCAUCAGUAAGCAAGCCAAAUCCGGUGGAUCCGCCAACGAAAGAAUGUUGCAAGGCGCUUAAAGGUGCUAACUUGACGUGCCUGUGUUCAUAUAGAAAUUCCCUCUUGCUGCCUUCUCUUGGGAUUGAUCCUGAUCUUGCAUUGGCUUUGCCUGCAAAGUGUAACCUCACCACUCCUGCCGGUUGCUAAGCCUAUAUUUAUUUGUUGCUAUUCAUGCUUGUUCAUGCUCUUGUUGAACGUAUCUCUAUAAAGAGAGGAGAUCUUUUUCAUAGUUA